AUGAGAGGUGAGUUCAAUGGCCUUAAGACAAGAAUUUUGAGAGAACAACCUUGUGCAUUUUAUGUUCAUUGCUUUGCUCAUCAACUUCAACUAGCUCUUGUUGCGGUAGCAAAGAAAAACAUUGAUGUCAACUCUUUUUUCACAACGGCUAAUAGUUUGGUUAAUGUUGUUGGAGCAUCUUGUAAGCGUCGCGAUGCACUUAGAGCACAAUACCAAGAAGAGCUAGUGAAAGCUUUUGAAAAUGAUUGUCUUAUAACGGGGCGAGGCUUAAAUCAAGAAACUACUCUCAAACGUGCCGGCGAUACAAGAUGGAACUCACAUUAUGGUACGUUGAUUAGUAUCAUUUCUAUGUUCCCAUCUGUGGUGAAUGUGCUUCAAAUGAUUGUUGAUGAUAAUCCUAAUGAUAGUUCGGGUGAAGCCUAUAAGUUAUGGAGAGAAAUACAAUCUUUUGAGUUUGUGUUUCACUUAUUUUUAAUGAAGGCUAUAUUGGGAAUAACAAAUACUUUGUCUCUAGCAUUGCAAAAGAAAGAUCAAGACAUUAUGAGUGCAAUGAGUUUAGUGAAAACAUGCAAGGAAAACCUAUAG